GUGAUGUGUAAUAAGAUUGGACUGUUAUAUGAGGGGGUUGGCUGAGAGAGUCAGGAGAGGGGGUGUCUGCACUGUGAUUUCCCAACGAAACGUCAACGUUAGAGCGCCACGGCAGCAAGGGAACUACAGCAGUGCUCUUCAUGCGGGAAAUUAUGCCUGGUUUCUUGGGCAGAGAGGGACGCUCAAAUCACCAGGGAAACAUGAAUAUUACAUAUUUAACCUUUUGAUUUAGGCCAGUAGACAUACAUUACUGUGUUAACCACAAUGUUCUAGAAAAAAAAAUCAAAUUGCUGUGCUCGACACCGUCUGUCCCGUCGUCAGUAUGGAGAAGACGAUCUGCAGUCCGCAUCCUGGGACAAAUAAAACGAACUCUGGUUCACUGCUUUCGGACAAGGGGAAUUCGGGUAGAAAGAUCGGACGAGCUGGUUCUCACAGCCCCGGCUCGGCUUCGCUUGGGAAUGGGGCCGGUGGAGGAGUGAGUCGGGGAGGUUUAUUGGGAAACAGUAUGCAUUUUCAGCAAGCGUGUAAGCGUCAGUUAGAAGGAGUGUUGAGCAAAUACACAAACUUAAUUCAAGGAUGGCAGAACAGGUACUUUGUGCUGGACCCAGAGCUGGGACAGCUGCAGUACUUUGUACAUGAACAUGGCAAGAGCCAGAAGCCCAGGGGCUCCCUGCCACUGAUUGGUGCGUCGGUUGUCCAGAGUGAUGAGGCACCACACAUGUUUAUCGUCAACUCAUUCCAUGGCGAGCUUUACAAGCUCAGAGCAUCCGACGCCAAAGAGCAGCAGUUCUGGAUGAACCAACUCCAAGCGUGCGCCAGACGCCAUUCCGACAGCAGUGCCAAGGUCUGGAAGCUUAAGGGAUCGGAUGAGCACCUGAGUGUGGAGAGAACGACGGGAGGCAGCCAGGAGGGGCUGGGCUCGUCGUCUUCCGGUCGGUCCCGUAGCGUCUCCCUCCUCCCCCACCUCCCACCAGCCUCCUCAUCGCCUGGUAUCCAGAGGCACUUGGCGUGCCCGGGCACACCGAGCAACAUUGUGACCAUCACCCACCACAAGUCCCCAGCCGCUGCUCGACGGGCCAAGAACCAGUAUCCCGGCCGACUACUGGAGGUCAAAGAGGCGGUGAGCCAAGCAGAGGGCCAACAGAAGAACCUGGUCCAGUCCAUCGAGUCCCUCCCCACGCGAGGACCCCUUUCCUGCCUGGACCAGGACCUCCUGCUCCUCAAAGCCACGUCGGCCGCCACCCUGAGCUGCCUGGGAGAGUGCCUGAACAUCCUGCAACAGACCCAAACCCACAGCCAGCCCCAGGCCUCCCAGCCCAACCACCCCCGCGGUCCCCCCUCCGAUGGUGUUCCUGUGUGGAGUGUACCAAAGUUGCCCUCGGGGGAGCACCUGAAGAACGGCGGCCCAACCCCUCUACGUUCUGCCGAGCCCUCCCCAGCCCUCAGGAAAAAAAGCCCUGCCCAUGGUGCUGAGCAGCACCCAGCGGGGUUGAAGGCCGUCAGCCCCAGUGAGGAGGUGACUGACAUGGAGGACAAUGACGAGGAGGACCUGGGAGUGUUGGACGACCAGCGAAGCAUCAUCCUGCACCUCCUCUCCCAGCUCAAACUGGGCAUGGACCUCACCCGGGUGGUGCUGCCCACGUUCAUCCUGGAGAAGCGCUCCCUGCUGGAGAUGUACGCUAACUUCAUGGCCCACCCGGACAUGUUCCUGUCCAUCACGGCUGGAGCCACGGCGGAGGACCGCAUCGUACGCUUCGUGGAGUACUAUCUUACCGCCUUCCACGAGGGACGCAAAGGCGCUGUGGCCAAGAAGCCUUACAACCCGGCACUGGGCGAGACAUUCCACUGUUCCUGGGAGGUGCCUCGGGACAGAGUGAGGCCCCUCAGGUCUCAGGGCCCCAGGGAAGCAGCCUCCAGGGGCCCCAACAACACCCAACAGCAGGACGAUCCAUCGGGGACUGAGUGUUACCGGGUUCGCUUCGUGGCUGAGCAGGUGUCACACCACCCGCCCGUCUCAGGAUUCUACUGCGAGUGCCCAGAGAGGAGUAUGUGUGUCAACACCCAUGUGUGGACAAGAAGCAAGUUCAUGGGCAUGUCCAUUGGUGUGUCCAUGAUAGGGGAAGGGACCUUAUGCCUUCUGGAGCAUGACGAGGAGUAUGUCUUCACGCUGCCCUGUGCCUACGCCCGCUCCAUCCUCACCGUGCCAUGGGUGGAGCUGGGUGGCAAAGUCACCAUCAACUGUGCCAAGAGUGGAUACUCAGCCACAGUCACAUUCCACACCAAACCUUUCUAUGGAGGGAAGGUACACAGGGUGACUGCAGAGAUCAAACACAAUCCGACCAACACUAUUGUGUGCAAGGCCCAGGGGGAGUGGAACGGAACCUUGGAGUUCACCUAUAGUAGUGGGGAGACCAAAGUGAUUGACACAACCAAACUGCCAAUCAUCAAGAAGAAGCUCCGGCCUGUGGAAAAGCAGGGACGGAAUGAGUCCAGGCGGUUAUGGCAGCAUGUCACCAAGUCACUGAAGGAGGGGAACAUGGACGAGGCCACGGAACACAAGCAUCGUCUAGAGGAGCGCCAGAGAAGGGAGGAGAUGCAGAGAGCUGCAGAUAACUCGCCCUGGACACCCACAUAUUUCAGCAAAAAGGGAGAAGGCUGGAUCUACCACAAUACUCUGUGGAAAUCGCACUGGCACAAGAACCAGACUGCUCUAACAGAGUGCCUCUAUCCCCCUAAAUGAGGGACGAGGCCAGGGGAAGGAUAAUGAUGGAACAGCGUAUUGAGGGAGUGAUGCCACUCUCUAUUGGGACCUGAGAUACUGACUCUUAAUGACAUGGACAAAGGACACACUCAUGUGGAUCAAGGUGCCAAAGUGGUUUCCACUUGAACUACGAGGGUGGGGGCGGGACAAAUAUAGAUUUUUUUUUAUAGUGUUCGAAGGUAGAGCGUUUCGAUUUUUCACUUUGCCCAAGGCAAUAUUUUUUUUGCAAAUGCACAGUAUGAUAUGAUUUGCCACCAUUUUUUUUUGUACCAGUUGUGUUGACACAAAUGGUCCAUUUUGGUCCAAUCGCCUUUAUUUGUCACACAGCAUCAGAAUGCAAUGGUAGAAGAAUGCAGAUGGCAUCAGAUCAGGAGUCCAUUGCCGUGUUGGUGGAAUACAACCGUGAUCAUGGCAGAGAUGCGUUUGUGUUACAUGAGUUCCCGUCCUGUUUUUAACAAAUGCUGAUGACUUAGAAGUAGCCGAUUUCCUACCACUUUUCCAUUCCACCCAUCCUUAUCCCAUCCCGACCUUUGGAAGGAGUUUCGACCAUUCCUGAACGGAGCGGACUGCCUCAGCUCUUCCAUGCAAACAGAUUUCCCAUCACUCUCUUCCCCACUUAUUGCGGUCGUAAUACCACACCGUCGCCGUUUUUUUGCUUUAGGUUCCAACGGUCGUGUCGGACUGUCCAUCUCCCGAUUGGGGUCUUUCCUCCUUCCAGGGACGUGUCCUUAGGUUGGCAUUGAUGUCACAUAAUUAAGCUGGGGCUGUACCCAGCUCACGAACUCCUCAUGCUAAUAUCUCAGUGGGCUGCCUCUGCAUUGAAUAUGGAUGAGGUGCACAGGAAGACACAACCACAUUCUCACAGAGGGGCACCGUCUCUCCAGAUGUCCUUCUGAAUUAUAUUGUUGACAGGAUAUGAGGUACGGUGGUGGUGGAGGGGAUGUUUUGGGUCAUGCAUAGCUAUUAUACGUUUACAUUUUCACAAAAUGUACUAACUGACGUACAGUAUAUACUGUGUAUAUAUUUAGUUAAAUACUAUUAUACAGUGCAUUCGGAAAGUAUUCAGACCCCUUGACUUUCUCCACAAUUUGCAAAAAUACCUGUUUUUGCUUUGUCGUUACGGGGUGUUGGGUGUAGAUUAUUUAUUAUGUUGAUCCAUUUUAAAAUAAGGCUGUAAUGGAACAAACGUUAGAGCCUUAUUCUAAAAUUGAUUAAAUAAAACAAUUUCCUCAUUGAUCUACACACAACACCCCAUAACGACAAAGCAAAAAUUAUUAUUAUUUUUUUUAAAUGUUUGCAAUUUUUUUAAACAUACCUUAUUUACAUAAGUAUUCUGACCGUUUGUAAUGAGACUGGAAAUGUAAUGUGGAAAAAGGGGUCGGAAUAUUUCCAAAUGCGCUGUAUCUGAUUGCCUUUAUUAUAUUUAUUAUUCAGCCAAACAACUAAUGGAACAUCUUUGUUUUUAGUUUUCUCCAUAUUUUAGUCUUAGAAUAGUGAUCUAGAUUAUAGUGAUAGUGAUCUAUAUUCUCUGGUUGUGAAGUCAUUUCAACCAUCCAUGACUAUAGACUGUGUGUCUUGCAGCAUUACAUUGUAGUACUAUCAUGGUAUCUCUAUUAACGUCAGGAUCUCCUUGCAGUCCAAAUGAGAAAAUCACCAGGGAGGAAAAGUAGCAGUCCAGUUUCUUGCAGCUACUGAGUAAUUUGGAGAAGGGCCCGAUUCCAACUUUUAAGAAAUUGCGCAUUUCUCACGCACACCUUUCCUACGCACUUCUCAAUAGUUGGUAUACUGACUUACCUUAUGAAAGUGCCUACCGGGCUUUGCAGGUGUGGUUCCCUUGCACGCACUGAAUAAAUUAAACUGCUGAAUUACCAUCCCACUUCCUGGCCAACA